AUGUCACCGUACAGCCAGAGCUUUGGCAUCAAGAUUGGAGGUGACAAGCUGACUGGAGGCCUCUCCAUCGCCGAGGCCCAGCUUACCGGCUACCUGAUGGGAACCCUGUCCUUCCAGGCAAGUAGCCAUGUCAAUCCAUCGUCCGAUGAAAUCCAGUAUUCCUACGGAGUAUACCUAUUUUACAACCUUGGGUAUAAAGCCACGGCCUUUAUUAUGGGCUUGGUCAAUUGGGCGCUUGAGCCUCGCGAGGCAUAUUAUCCCGCCAAGCGCGUCAACGUCUACGGACCUGUGACUGGAUCAGUUCCGCGCAAAUUUAGGGGCACACGCGGCUCCGAAAAAGAAGAGGCAGGUUUCGAUUCACGUAGUGGUUUACCAAGCUUCAACACGUCAACAUAUCUAGAUGAGACUGAGCUCGAAACCCGGGCUUCGAAACGUCAACCCGGCGGACAAAACAAGCGACUCUCUGCAUCCACAUUCAACAACUUUAUUGCUUGUCCCACUGGAGGAAAACGAACAAUCAAGCUGCCAGAGCUCCGGUACAAUUGUGAUCUACUUGGCCCAACAAGGGUCGCUGGAAACAGCAACUACACAAAGGCUGUCGUUCCAGGCAUAUGCCAAGCGUGGCGAGGACUCGCCGGGUUUCCUACCGCCUUGACGUUUUCCGCCGACGAGGAGCGCAAGAGAAAGAGAAAAGCUUUUCACUGUCGAACCGAUGCCUGCAAACACGAGAACCAUAAGUACUGGACCAAGACGGGACGAAAGAUCACGACGGUCUGCAGCGAUGCCCCCCCUGCGUCGGCUGAAGAGGGAGGCGACUUUAUGCCCGCCUCAUCACGCUCUCAGCUUUGCGUUCCAGCCUUUCAGGCCUUCGCCUGGACAACCGCCAGUUGCCAAAAACUGAUGCUUGACCUCGUCUCGAACUGGGGCGAGUUGGAGCCGGAGCCACCUGUGAGCGGCCGAGUCGACAAUUGGGUUGGAUGGGGGGAUAGUUCGAAGUGGACAACGGCGGGCAAACAAGGAGGCAACGUUCAGCGCGCAACGACUUAUCCGAGCAAGAUGCCAGUGCCUGACGGUAUGGCCAGACGGCCAAAUCUACGGACAUCGUGGAUGUUUCGGAGAAACUACACGUGGUCUGCUGUCGACAACGCUGCCACUUCGAGCAAGUGGUGGCACGCAACCAAUUACAGCUUCGAGCCCUCAAAUGUUGGCGAGUCCUCCUCCCGCGGCGGCUGGGGCUCUGUUCUGUGUGCAAUGAACACGUUCGGGCAGGACCGCGCCUACAAGUGGAAAGGCAAAUACAACGCCUAUUGCCUCCGGGGCCGGCGGUUUGAUGCAGACGGCUUCCAAGAGGUGCAACAGGUUGCGCGGUGUCUGGUCACGUUUGCAGAGUCGGGGGCGGCGAGCCGAGACUGGGAUGUCAAGGACGUCGAGUAUGCAAACGACCCCGAGAAAGACGAUCUGCUUGUGACAGAGGCUACGGGUAGCGAGAUCGAGCUCGACGGACAGAAUGCAGAGGCCGACUCGUCGCAGUCUUCCGGAGUUGAUGUAGCUAACAUUGCUGGUGAACAGGGCGAGCUCGACGAAGAGGACAAAGAGGCCGGCCAACCUAGAGGAAGGAGAUUGAGAAACUGA